AUGUUGCAAACGCUAACUCAGAAACUGUCCGGUUUAUCAAUCUAUGUCAAAUUGGCUCUAGCUGUCUUGGCUUACCAGGCAGUCUUUAUAACAUGUUUGGAAGCUUUUGUAUAUUCCAAACAUAACGAGAUAGUCUCAAUACUCGCACAGAAUGAGACGAACGCUACGAAUGGGACGAACGCUACGAUUGAAACUUAUGCUAACGCAAGGAGCAUGCCUGUGUAUCAUGUGUUGUUCAUUAUAGCUCAAUUUUUUCAGCUCGGUAUAUACGUUGAUGCGAUAUAUAAUCAAAAUACCAUCCAGAUCAUUGCAUUAACAUUAUUCGAAUUCGGCAUAUUAAUAUAUUCAGUAAUACAAGUUUUCCAGUCGGCGCAAAUUUUAAAGAAUAUCUCUAUAUCUAAACAAAUAACAAUAUUACCGUAUGAAAUUACUAUUAUAGUAUUAAUAUCUAUCCUCGCUACGGGAUUCGCUUAUCUUGCAUAUAAAUUGUAUCAAGAAUUCGGAUGGAGUAUAUACAAGAAGAUUGGAGCUGAUAUGGCCAUGCGAGACCGCUAUAAAAUGUAUCAAAUAUUUAUAAUGCUUUUGAAGUUCGACCUCUUCUUCUUCGUUGGCCUCUCUGCGCAGAUUCUCGUACUUGUAAUUUUUAUAUCUAAUGGACAAGCCGAUCAAAUCGCAGGACACAUAGUUAUGUCAUCUGUUAUAUCGACAUCGAUGCUUAUGGCCGCCUUUUUAGGGGUUAAAAAAGAGAACAAGCUCAUGAUGUAUCUAUUCAUGGUGGGCUGUGUAGGUACAGAGGUGUACUUUACUAUAAAACUUGUCGAUAUAUCGAAACAACCCCAAAAAUACUCGGGAACGAGGAUAUUUGCUACCUUUUUCGUGUGUAUAUGUAUGAUUUUGGGCGUGGUGACGUUAAUUAUAUCUGCGCUUUGUUUGAGAAACUUUGACAAGGGUCUGAAAUAUCACUUAUCGCGUGAUUGCAACAAUGAAAACGAGACGGGAGACCAAUUCCCACCAGGAAACAAUGGCUUUAAUUUAGAAUCUGUUCGGGGGACCAUCAAACGAUGGUCUAUCGAUUAG